AUGGCAACUGCAACAUCAAAUAUUGAUGAUCUUCUUCAAUGUCCUAUAUGUUUAGAUAUAUUACAAGAUCCAAAAGUUCUUGAUUGUCAACAUACAUUUUGUGCAAAUUGUUUAAAAGUACAUCUAGCAUCAAUAGAACGUUCUCAUGGACCAUCAAAUUUUAUGGAUUGUCCAACAUGUCGUCUACGAUCAAAUCUAAUAAAUAAUUCAAUUGAUAGUCUACCGGGAAAUUAUAUUGUCCGUGAUAUUAUUGAACGACAAUAUGGUACAACAACACCUGAACGUCCACCGGGAUAUGCUCAGCAAAUUCAAGAUCGUAUACAAAAAAUGCAAAAAGAAGAAGAUGUAGGAUUUGAUUUGGAAAAGUAUAUUAAACCUGCAGCUGCUGCAUUAUUGGGUAUACUUGGUGGUUUACUUUUGGCUAAAGGUGCUAAGAAAAUGUAUAAUGAUAAAAAGUAA